AUGCGCAGUUGCUGCUCCCUGAGGACAGGAAUCCGGGCCGGAGCCAGGACAAGCACGGCUCACAGUGACGUCAAUGGGCAGCGAGCCGCGAGGCCACGUGUCCCACCAACUCCCUCCAGGCCCCGCCCCCUGUCUCGCCUGAUUGGCCCAGGCGCGCCGCUGACGUCACCAUUCCGAACGUUGACCCGGCCGGGCAGGCGGGCUGAGCGAGCCCCGAGCUGGGAGGAGAGUGCGGGCUCCAUGGGAAUGAGACUGUGUGCCUGGCACGAUCGGCAGCGGCAUGGCCAGCCCGAAACCCUCAGCCAGCCAGCGGGCACCGAGCAGGGCAGCAGGGAGGCAUUGAUCCCCGUGCAGAGCCAGGUCGGUACCGGGCGGGGGGAGUAUUGCAAUGUGAUACAUUUUAUAUUAAUGGACUAACUUUAACCCCUUAAGGACCAAACGUUCUGUAAUAAAAGGGAAUCAUGACCUGUCACACAUACCAUGUGUCCUUAAGGGGUUAAAGUUUUUAAAAUAUAUAUUAAGUAUUGUGUUAGUCCAAUAAAAAAGGUGUCAUUGCAUAGUGCAAUACUCUGGUAUUUUGGCAUCUUGUCUACUGGACUAAUCCAAUCUACACCAUAUAUAUAAUUAUUAUAUUCUGCUACAAAGUGCAGGGCUGCAAUUUACUGUGCUGUCCAUCAUCAUGGAUUAGUGAAAUAUGUGCAGGGAGACAUGGUGGAUGUGGUCAGCAUAGAUUAAUUUGGGAGAGGCUAUCUGCUUCCUUUUUUUUAUCUGUUGCUCACCAUGGGGUCGGCUAAGGUUUUCGUGUACCAAGAUGCUAUGCCAGCAGUAAGCAUGCAGCCAAUAGUUUAUUGCUUAUGUGUACAUGUUACAAUAUUUGUCAUGAAGAUCAGGUUUUGCAAUCUGUACACCAUCACCAAGUGUGAGUUCUUUGGAAGGUGUUACAAAAUACUGCAAUAUGCCAUUUGUACUGGUCUGCAUCCCAGCACUGGUGUGGCUGCUUAAAUCUAGUGGAGUGUAUCUCCUUCACAUUUACAUUACGUUAUCUAUUAACUUGAUAUAGAAAUAUAUUUGAGGAACUGAGGUGAAAGCAGACUUCUGGUGCAGAACCUUCAUGGGGAGGUGAUUGCUUCUAAAAAAAAUAAAAAAUAAUAAUAAUCACACUAAGGAGCAGGUAUAGUGUAAACAAGGCCAGCAUACCGUUAACCUACAGAAUGUAAGCUUGUUUGAGCAGGGUACUCUUCAACCUAUUGUUCCUGUGAGUUUUCUUGUAAUUGUCCUAUUUAUAGUUACAUCCCCCCUCUCAUAAUAUUGUAAAGCGCUAUGGAAUAUGUUGGUGCUAUAUAAAUGGCAAUAAUAACUCCUGAAACCUUUACUUGAUUUUGCCAUCACCUAAUGCUCACUAGAAUUCUCAGUGGGGGUCCAUCAUUGAAGAGGGUAGUUAAACUAUAGAAUGUAAGCUCAUUUGAGCAGGGUCUUCUCCAACCUCUCGUUCCUGUAAGUUCUUUGUAAUUGUCCUCUUUAUAGUUAAAGCACCACAGAAUCUGUUGGCGCUAUAUAAAUGGCAAUAAUAAUAAUAAACUACUUUUAUAUACAUAAUUAAUCACAACACUCUAUAGUAGUAGUAAUGGGUGGAGCAGCUGGUGUGACAUGUGUUGUCGCUUAUGAUCUAUGUUUAGAAUAAUCCAUUGUCUCAAUCCUGCAGCUUUAAUAUGUGAUCUGCGCAUUAAAGGUUUCAAUGCACCAUCCCUUACCUUUAUACCAUGCUCAUUGGUAUGCUUCACUGCCCCUGUCAUUCAUUUUUUUGCUGCAGUGAAUGCUGCUUUAUCUGUCUAUUGAGUUAGCGCUGUUACAGAUCUUUAGAACCACAAAUUACGUACAGUCGCUGUCUUGAUUGGAAUCUGGCUAAUUCACUAGAGUGCGGAGAACUGGCUAGGGAUUUGCAAAUUAUUGCUGCUUGUUAUGUGUUUCUUUUUAAUAGGGGAAGGUUUAUAUUUUUGUCUACAAUUUGCUUUUCCUUUUGUUAAUAAAACCUAAGGUAUCGAAUCCAACCAGAAUAAACAUAAGAUAUUUUUGGGUAUACAUAUGUGUAUUUUAAAAUGUUAUGGCAAACUAUGAAAAAAAAGAACUCAAUAUGAAUUUCAGUUCCCUUCAAAAGUCAGUCCUGCUUUCAGACUGGCUGUUUUUGGUCCGCAAUGCUUAAUUUGCUUUGAAUUCCUGAUAAUUUGCAGUCCAGUGAAUAACUGACCGUAUCGCCGACUUAAACUGGCAAACAAUUUGCAAAUCCUGUAAAGAUCUGUAGCCCUGUUAAGAGCAAGAUCUGGGUGUAGCAAUUAAUUUAUUUUUGUCCCAUGCAUGUGAAUAUAGAAAACCUGGGCAAAGCAGUAGACUACGUGACUCACACGGCCGUCACGUAUCUAGAGGAAAUGUGUGACUGGCAAAUAGCCAAGGUGACACAAAUGAUGCAUGUGAAUUAAAAACAUGCCAUCCAGAUUGGAGCGUUGUGGGAAAUGACCUAUAUAACUGUGACUUAAACGGGCAUUACAGUUAUUACUUUGCAUAGUGCCACUGUUUGUUUAUGUUAUUUGUGUUGACGUCAUUUUGUUUCUAGCAUUGUAAUGUUGGUAACCACUAAGGCUAUGUAAGGCAGCUUGUUGACCACUUUGUCAUCAGUGUUGCCUAGGAUCUAACCACAAACACAGAAGCAGAAAAUAAUUCAGCAAUAACAUCUCUCAGAUGAAAAUAAAACUUCAAUGCGGAAUUCUAGAGCAUUGACAAGGUGACUUAAAAUUCUAGGUCACAUAGCCAUAGAAUGUUCAAAACCUCAACUUGGCGAAUAACCCCAAGUUUUAACGUUAUUUUAUUUUAUGGCCUAAAAAUAAAAUACAAAGUACAGCUAGCAUAAUGUUAAUAGCUGAACCUCCUCGUGCUGCAUUGGGUUUUCUAUUCAUACAAAGCAAAUACAUGUCUUUGCAUAAUGUUCCCUAAUAAAACUUAAAUUUACUUAUUUAAAACAUCUGAGUGGUUAAAAAAAAUAAUUUACUAAACUUCAAAAUGCAGUAAAUUUAAUGUAUAUAGUGGGAAAAUUGAAGCUAAAAUUGUUUAUUUAGAAAACAUUUCCAUCGUUUUAACAACAUUUUGCCAUGUGGAUUUUAAUUUGAUGUUUAUUAGAAAAUGUCAGGAUAAUGGGGUUAAUGAACUGUAGCCUUCCACAUGGUUGGUAGAAGUAAAGAUGACUGCCUGGGUUGGCAAUUUUGCCUCACUUGGCAGGUUCUGAUCUGGCAGAAUGCUUUUCUCUUGAGAUAAGUAAAUACAUCUGUAUAUACUGUUGUAGACUUUAGCAGAAUAUUAUGGUGCAUACAAUACACUAUUUAGCGGUUUCUUUUUUUUCCUCCAGUUUGUAUUUUUCAUCUCUCAUUUUGCAUUCUCUUUCAGUGCUGUCACAGUGAUUGCAUGAAAAGCAGCAUGGGGACGCCCGCCUCUGUAAUAAGCUCACCUUCAGCUCCGUGGCAGACGCCAGAGCCACGUGCUCGGAAAAAGGCUUCUGCUAAUAUUUUCAAAGACAUAGACCUUGUUCAGAUACAGACUCUCUUCCGAACGAGCGGGGACGAUUGUGCGGAGGAAAGAGCUAGGAUAAUAUGUAAUUAUGCUGGGGAUAGGCGCAUUGCCGAUGCAUUGACCAAGCUGCGGCGAAAGAAAAGCAGUAAAAGGUUCCAUCAGCCAGCACCCAAACUGAGCAAUGACCGCAUUGGAACACUAUCUGUCCAGCAUUUUAGUAAACUUUGGUAUGAUCACCUUUACUCUUUAACCUUUUGUACUUUAUUAUUUUCCUUUUCCUUAUUAGAAUAAAAAAAAAAAAAAAACUAAAAUGCAAAAAUUGCCUAACAGAAAAUUCUGCUAAUCUCCCAACACAGCUUUGGCCUAAAAUUUGCAGUCCUCUCAUUGGUUUUCGUAAUGCCCCUGAUGCCAUUUACAGGGUUAUCCAUUAAACUCUGAAUUGCAGUGAAUUGCAAAUCAGAUUACAAAAAUAGUCCAGCUGGGACUUUGGCAGAAUUGGAGUGGAGGAGGUUUGUUAGUUUUUAAUCAGUUUGUCUAAAUGUUUCCAUUUAUAUUGCAGUUGAUUACAGUUCUGUGUGGAGUUUAGUGAGUAAACAGUGCUUAAGUUUCCAUUAAACCACUCUUGUUACCCGAAAAUCCCUAAGCGAUUGACGGACUAUGAAAGUAACAAACCAACUGAGGUCAACUUUGCCAUUGUGCCUUUUUAUGACAGAAGUUUAGUUAGACUUGUGCACAAAAGCGUUUUCUGCUCAUGUGGACAAAUAAAAUGCCUUUUAAUCUGGGCUAGAAUGUAUCGAAAUGUCUGAUAUUUACAUCUGGAGUUAUUCAAUUAAUGCGACUCCAUAGGUUCACCUCGGGUGGAUCGAUUUUCUUUUGGUGCAGAUUAAAAGGCAUUUUAGUCAUACAUGUAGAAGAAAAGAGUGAGGAUAGCAGCGCCUUAAGGGUGUCCUCCAAUCCAAAUUCAGAUAGGCGAAUAUGUAAAAGAAAAGUGGAUAAAGUGCAGAAUAUAGUGUAGUAUGUUGAAGUUCAGGAGAAUUAAAUAAAAAGUAAUUCACUUAGUUUUCUGGAGCUGAUAACUACUGUAUACUUGGUGUCUUGAUCCAAUGGGGAAAUUCCAGAUUGUAUAGGAACAAAAAAAAUAUAUGUGUAGUAUGUUCAAAACAGAAUAAAAAAAGUUUGUGGAUGUACACUCACAAUCUCCUGAGCUUACUACUUCCUCUCAGUGAUGCGCAUGUAAUGGGGUAGUCCACAAACUUAGGUGUACAUGGGGUUCCUACUAUUUGUUUAAAUAGCAGCACAUUCUCACCAGAGAUGUAUAAAUAAAAAUAUAGUGUUCACUGUUAAAACAGGUAUAAGUAAUAAAAGGAGAUGUACUCAUAAGUGGAGAGCAAAAGCGGUUUUGCUCAAUCUGUAUGGCAUAGGCGGUAUCGUCGCCAUGCUGGUACAUUUGAUUCAUUCAUACCACCUAUAACCUAUUUGUGUAUAAAUGUAAGUUUAGCGUGAUAGCUGUAAUGUUUGGAGUGCUCCUUCAAAACCAACAGACACAGCUGAUUGUGAAAGAUAACUACGCAAAUGUUCUUUCACAUGUGUUCCUUGAGUGUUUGACACCUAAUUACUUACUUACACUCUCUCUCUCGUCCUGUACAGCAUUAAUGAAACUGGCCACAGAGGAAACACAUCUACAGAGGAAGACUCUGAUCAGCCAGCUGCUGCCGAGGAUGCGAAUGAGACUAGCGGAAAUAAGAAAAGUGCAAUGACCAGCCGCAACCCCAAAAACCUAAGGAAUCAGCCUCAGAGGCGAAUAUCAGACUAUUUGCACCAAAUUAAACGAUGA